CUGGAUGGCCAGUUGAUCAGAUUAGAGGCGUCAGGGCUGGUUAAUCUGUAAAGGAGGGGACACAGACCGCCACUCACGCUGCUCUAAAGUCACCGCUCCCAUUCACCGGCGGAGAGGCGGAGAGCGCGGCGGGGAAUUUCCCCCUCUCUCUCUUCUUUUUUUUUAAAAAAAAACAAUGGAUACCUGCAGGGUACGAGCCUGGGUGUUUCUGCUCUUAUUCUGGCAGGACGGGUCUCUGGCAUCGCAGUUUCCGACACAGCUCAUGAUUAAAGAAUGGGUUGAUCAGAUGCAGAAAGAGCUCGUCACCCUGGCGGACACCGCCACAGCCGGGAAGAGCCUCACUCAGAUUUUCCUGAGCAACCAAAACCUGUACACUGUGGAGCAAAAUGACGCAGAGGAGCUGGUGGCCAGAGCGGCAACAAAAAUUGAGCAGCUGCUGCGGAAGAGGUCCGCUGCCUUGGAGAAACUGGCCACAGCUGCUGAGAACUUCCAGAUGGAGCAUCAGUGGAGAGACGAGUUUGAGGAUGAUGAAAUCGGCUACUACAACGCCAAAGACAACCUGGAUGCAAAUGAGACAGAGGGGAGAAAAUACAGGAUCCGACCAGACUUUAAAGAGGACUCGUUAUUUAGACGACUGACCGACCACAACCACACGGCCGUCCACAUCCCCACUGACAUAUAUGAUGGCUCCACCAUUGUGCUGAAUGAGCUGAACUGGACCGAGGCUUUGGAGGACGUGUUUCGAAAGAAUAGAGAGGAUGACCCCACGCUCCUCUGGCAGGUGUUUGGUAGCGCUACAGGCCUGGCUCGCUACUACCCAGCCUCUCCCUGGAUGGAUGCUCGGAAGACGCCCAGUAAAAUCGACUUGUAUGAUGUCCGCAGGAGGCCAUGGUACAUUCAAGGAGCCUCCUCACCCAAAGACAUGCUAAUCCUCGUGGAUGCAAGCGGGAGCGUGUCUGGCUUGACUCUCAAACUGAUCAGGACUUCUGUCAGUGAGAUGCUGGAAACUCUCUCUGACGACGACUAUGUCAACGUGGUUUAUUUUAAUACCAGGGUGAAGAAAACGGCGUGUUUCGAACACCUGGUGCAGGCCAACGUGAGGAACAAGAAGCUGCUGAAGGACGCCGUGCAGAACAUCACGGCGAAGGGAAUCACCAACUACACAAAAGGCUUCGAGUUUGCUUUCGAGCAGCUGUCUGUGAUGAAUGUGAGCAGAGCAAACUGCAAUAAGAUCAUCAUGCUGUUCACGGACGGAGGCGAGGAAAGAGCUCAGGCCAUAUUGGAGAAGUACAAUGCUGACAAAAAGGUGAGGAUCUUCACCUUCUCGGUAGGACAGCACAACUACGAUAAAGGACCCAUUCAGUGGAUGGCCUGUUCCAACAAAGGUUACUUCUAUGAGAUUCCUUCAAUUGGAGCCAUCAGAAUAAACACACAGGAGUACCUGGAUGUCCUGGGAAGACCGAUGGUUCUGGCCGACCAGCAGGCCAAACAAGUCCAGUGGACUAACGUGUACCUCGAUGCUCUGGAACUUGGACUGGUCAUCACUGGAACACUUCCGGUCUUCAAUAAAACAAAGACCAGAGACGACAAGAAUGGCGAGUACCAGAAUCAGUUGAUUCUUGGCGUAAUGGGAAUUGACGUUUCUCUUGGCGACAUCAAGAAGCUCACACCACGCUUCACGAUUGGUCCAAAUGGUUACUACUUUGCCAUUGAUCCCAAUGGAUAUGUCCUGCUGCAUCCCAAUCUCCAGCCAAAGAAUCCCAAAUUCCAGGAACCAGUUACCCUGGACUUCUUGGAUGCUGAACUCGAGAAUGACAUCAAAGUGGAGAUCAGGAGAAUGAUGAUCGACGGUGAGACAGGCGAGCGGACCAUUGACACUCUGGUUAAAACACAGGAUGAGAGGUACAUAGAUCGAGGAGUCAGGACCUACACGUGGGCUCCGGUCAAUGGAACAGAUUACAGCCUGGCUCUUGCUCUGCCUAAGUACAGUGAACACUUCAUUCAAGCUAAGCUGGGGGAUGACAUGAGAGAAGCCAUGUCCAUGGACACCAUACAGCUGGAGAGGUUCGAGGAGUUUGGUUACACUUACAUCGCUCCAAGGGAGUACUGCAAAGAGCUGAAGCUGUCACCCAACAACACACAGUUUCUCCUCGACUUCAGUCAGUACAUUGACAGAAACACUCCAAAUGCAUGUAACGUGUCCUUGGUGAGCCGACUGAUCCUGGAUGCAGGGCUGACAGCAGAACUGGUUAAACUUUGGAAUGAGCAGACAGUGGAUGGGAUCCUGGCCAGGUUCGUAGCCACAGAUGGAGGAAUCACAAGAGUCUACCCAAAGAGUGCUGGGGAAGAGUGGAUGGAAAAUUCAGAGACGUAUGAGUCAAGCUUCUACAAAAGGACCCUAGACAAUGAGAUAUAUAUUUUCACAGCUCCGUCUUUCAACACAGCAGAGGGCAGGGAGCCCGUUUCUGAGUCGGGUAUUCUAGUGAGCAAAGCGGUGGAGGUCACGAUUAACGAAGUCACGCUCAAACCAGCAGUGGUGGGAGUGAAACUCAAUGUGUCAUUUUGGAUGAACAGUUUCAUGAAUGCUACAUUGAAGCUAAAUUGCAAGGAUGAGAUCUGUGGCUGUCUGAGGAAUGACAAGCAUGUUGACUGUGUAAUACUGGACGAUGGGGGAUUCCUUCUUAUUUCCAAUCAGGAUGAGUAUAUCAACCUGAUAGGUCAGUUCUUUGGAGAGGUGGACCCUGUGCUGAUGAUCAACCUGGUCAACACCUCCCUGUACUCCUUCAACAAGACCUACGACUACCAGUCUGUGUGCGACCCCGAGAAAGACAGCAAGGCUGCGGCAGGACCUCGCUCCGUUUAUGUGCCUACCAUUGCAGACUUGCUCAGUAUUGGCUGGUGGGCCUCCAGUGCUGCCUGGUCGAUACUUCAGCAGCUCUUCUUUGGUAUUAUAUUCCCAAACCUUCUAGACGCAGCGGAGACAGCCGAGGAAGACGUACCAGAUACCAUGUUCAAGGAAAGCUGCAUCACAGAGCAGACUCAGUACUUCUUUGACAAUGAUGAAAGAUCCUACUCAGGUGUCCUGGACUGUGGAAACUGUUCCAGGAUGUACCGUGCCGAGAAGCUGCCACACACCAACCUAGUGUUCCUGAUCACCGAUGCCAAGGCAACAUGUUUGUCCUGUGACCCCAGACCGCUACGACAGGCUGAACAACCCUCUGAAGGGCCUGAUCCAUGCGAGCUGGCUCAGAACCCCAGAUAUCGCAAAGGGCCGGACGUGUGUUUUGACAACAACGACAAUGAUGAACCCUUGUGUCCAAUCAGCAGAUGUUCUGCAUUGAGCCCUUCACCUCUUUUGUUGUUUCUGGUGCUGAGUUCAGGGAGGAUGAUUCUGACUGUGGGGGCGGGACCUGCUUAAGCCCGUGUCUUUGGCCAAUGCUCGGGCUUCAACUGCUGCUUCUGUGGCACUUCACAUCUUUGCAACACUUAUGACCCCUACACACACACACACACACACACACACACACACACAUUCAUCCAUUCACAAACUGAUCAUCAUCCCAUUUCACAAGAGGCCAGAAGACACUCCAGUUCUGCCAUCCAGGAUGUAUAGAGAAUAUGUGCAAUGAGACAUUUUCAUCAGCGUUUCCAUUUUUCCAAUGCCAAAGGGUGCUCAUGCAUUUCCUCCUCGUCAUUUCCAAAAAACAGAGACACAUUUACUGUGCUCAGCUGCGCUCACUCCCAUGAUAUACUCCUUAACACUCUCCUAUGGUGCAAGAGUAAGAGCUAACCAAACCCUUUAAUUCUGCCUCAUUUGUUUCUCGGAGUUCUUUUAGCGGAGGUUGCAGAGUUGUCUCCACUAUGCCAACUGAAUAUCAUGAAAAGACUGUACGUCCACUGACAGCGUUGAUUUGUGUAGUUGUCGAUAUCGUUUGUUGCUUAUUAUACUUAUUGCGUAUGAAUCAUUAUGCUGUAAUGAUCUGUUUAUUUUGGCAACCAGUGCAACUAAUAAGAAUAUCCCUUCUGUUUGAGUGUUUUUAAAUGUACUGUACCUAUCUAUUUAUCUCUGUUUUUUUGUUUUUUUUGUUCUUACUCAAAAAUCAACUAGCAUUUUGUGACUAGAUGGGUGUUGCACUGUAGCAGCAUGUGCUCAGUACAGAGCUAAAGACAACACUCUUGACACCAAAGCUCCACACAGUUACCAAUACAGUAAUACGCAGCCUACUACAGAGUUCUGCAGGCCAGUUUAUUUUAAGAUAUUCCCUCUGAUGUAGGUGUUCAUCUGUUUUCAAGUUAUGGAGAUUUCAAGAGGGCACACGUUGCGAAUCAAAAAUGUAUUAGGAUCUCACACACUCAAAUAUAUUUGUACUUGGUUUGGACAGCUUUAGUUGUCUUCAAUUUGAUGCAUCAAAAUCCCCAGUGCCUACAUAGUAGCUCAGUCUGUUAUCUGAAUGAAGCAGUGCAUCUGAGUUUGUUUUCCUGCCGUGUAUGCUAUUCUAAUGCUAAUGCAUAGCAUGGAGGAUAGCCCUUGCACUGAUAUAUUGAGAAACGGGGCCAAAUCUGCUGCAGUUAUUGAACUUCAUGUUGGCCCCAUAACGUCAGAGAUUUUGAUUAUUGGAAAGGAAUAUAAUUUCCCUACAUGGUCAAAACAAACCUAAACCAGACUUGAGAUCGCGUUCCGACACCUUUCUUUAUUACUCUUGUCUCCGUUACCCUUUUUGAUCACCGGACUCAGGAGCCAGGAUGACUUUUUGAAUGAGAUCGCGCGUAACAAAUUGACUGUUUCUUUCAUUUUCUUCUCCUCAGUGUUCUCCUCCUGAUGCUUGUUUCCUCUUUGUGUUGCUCUAUAAGUGCUGUGAAGCAGACGCUGAAAGCUCAGUGUCCAAAUGCUGCAAUGUCAUGGGAAAAGCUUGUUUCUGUGUUUGAACGCUGCCUCUGCCCAGGGUCAGCAUCAGGGCCUGUUGGAGAGAUCUAACACUAUUACCAGUGGUAACUUUACAUUGCCUUACUUAAUCAAAAGUCAUUAAGAUCAUACAUACGUUCCUUCCUUUUUUAGCCAUUUUUUAAAAGUUAAAAUCAGUUUUCUUCAUGUGGCCCUCAUGGUGACCUGCUGGUGUUGAGUGUUCAGAAAAUGCCUGUCUAUCAAAGUCGCGUGUUGACUUGUGUUUUAUCUGGGGGGGGUCCUGUGUCUAUGUGCAGGCAUGUGAGUGUCCCUCCGAUAUCUGAUUGUGCUUUAAUACUGUACAUGAAUUACUCUUUUGUGGAUCUUGACUAGCCUGAAUAAAUUUUGUAUACAUUUGUACACUUAUACUAUUUACUGUAUAAAAGAGAAAAUGAAAUGGAAGAAAAAUGUUUAUAAUAUGGUGUUGAUUAUUGUGCAGAUAUAAUAUAUUCACAAUAAAAGUGUUGUAUUGUUA